AUGCAAAUCAAGGACGAGGAGGCUCUGAUGUUCCCUGAAAAGCUAAAGAGUGAUCCCAACAAACAUUCUAGGGAUAAGUAUUGCCGCUUCCACCGUGACCAUGGUCACGAUACGGCCGAUUGCUAUGACCUAAAGCAACAGAUCGAGGCCCUUAUCAGACAAGGAAAAUUGCAGAAGUUCAUUAGAAAGGAGAAAACAGAUCCACCCCCACAAGACCAACACCCCCGACGGGAUAAUGAGCGACCGAGACCCCCAAUAGGGUACAUAAGGAUGAUCGUAGGAGGAACGGCUGCCGCCGGGUCAUCCAAGAAGGCCCGCAAAACCUACUUUCAGAUGGUACAAAAUGUUCAGCUAACGGGGGCCGUGCCAAAGAUAGCACGAAAAGAAAGCCCCAUUAUCGGGUUCUCAGAAGAGGAUGCGCGACGCCUUCACCAUCCACAUGACGAUGCGCUCGUCGUCAACUUACGGGUAGAAGACUACAACAUGCACCGGGUGUUGGUCGACAACGGCAGUUCAACAGAUAUUCUAUACUACCCGAUAUUCCAGCAGAUGAGGAUCGAUAGGGAGCGAUUGAUUCCAACAAAUGCCCCACUCGUGGGUUUUGGAGGGAGCCAGGUAUUCCCCCUGGGCGCGGUCACAUUGUCCGUAGUGGUAGGCGAUUACCCCCAGCAGAUAACAAAGGACGUAACAUUCUUAGUAGUCGAUUGCUCGUCUGCCUACAAUGCGAUACUUGAACGACCCACGCUCAAUUCGUGGAAGGCGGUAACUUCAACUUACCACCUAAUGAUUAAGUUCCCUACUAACUAUGGAGUAGGGGAGCUGCGCGGAAGUUAG